AUGGGUAUUUGGGAUUGCAAAUUCUUUAUUAGGGUUUCAUCUAUUUUCUGGUUGAUGUGGGUUUCAUCAGGAGAUGUUCCUGAUGACCACAUUCACAUUCUGAUAGACUGUGGAUCCACCAACAAUACUCAGGUGGGGGCUCGCUUAUUUCAAGCUGAUAAUUCUUCUUCCUACUUGCUUUCAACCUCAGAGUUUAUUUUGGCAAAGGCACACUUCACCCGUAUUCCAUCAUCUUUUGAUUCAGAACUGUACCAGACUGCUCGAAUCCUUAAGAGUGUUUCUCAAUACACAUUCCGAAUCAAAAGACAUGGAAGGCACUGGAUUCGCUUGCAUUUCCUCCCUUUCAGUUUCGGAAAUUACAAUAUGAGCACUGCGAAAUUCUCUGUUUCUGCUCAAAGCAUCACACUGCUCAAAGAUUUCCAAAUAGACACAGGUUCUUUAAUGAAAGAAUACUCUUUGAACAUUACAGAUAGCCAGCUCGUGCUCACUUUUACCCCGUCUUUAAGUUCAUUUGCUUUUAUAAAUGCCAUAGAAGUUUUAUCUAUCCCUGACAAGGUUAUUCCUGAGCAUGUUAGCAUCGUGAAUCCACAUGGGGAUGACAAGGACCUGUGGAAGAAGGCAUUGGAGACUGUUGCUAGGGUGAAUAUGGGUAAUCAAACAGUAUCUCCCCUUAAUGAUUCUUUGUGGCGUCUUUGGGUCUCAGAUGAUAGAUAUCUUAUACACAAUAAUCUUGUGGAUUUUGUAUCCAAAAUUGCAGCAGUUAAUUUCACGGAAACAAACAUUACUGAAGAUAUUGCCCCACCUACGGUAUACGGGACUGUGACUAGAUUGAGAACAGGUUCAGAUCCUAGAACUAUUGCAAAUGUGACAUGGCUUUUUGAUGUUGAUCCGGGCUUUGAUUAUCUGGUUCGCUUUCACUACUGUGACAUUGUGAAUCUACCCCCAAACACUCUCUUCAACGUUUACGUUAACUCUUGGCUUGUUUCUACAGUCGAUCUUGGCAAAGAAACAUCAAAUAAUAUUUUUGUGCCAUAUUAUAUGGAUUCCAUCACAAGGACUAGUGGCAGCCGUAAUUUAAAUGUUAGUGUUGGUACUUUUAGCAUAAGUGAAGCAUCUUCCCCUGAGGCCAUUCUCAAUGGGCUAGAGAUCAUGAAGUUGAGUAACUCUAAAGAUAGCCUGGUCUUAGAUUCAGAGAGAAAUACCAAGACAAAAGUUGGUAUUGUAGUGGGUUUAGUGACUGGGUCUGUGGUUGGUUUAUUGGCUAUAGUUAUGGCUUUACUUCUGCUUUGCAGAAGAAGAAGAAGAAAGAGUCUCCACAUUGCUCAAGAAAAGGGUGACCAUUUUGCUAUUAGCGAAGAGGCUAGUAACAAUUAUGAUGGAAAUGCAAUUUUUUCAAGCUCAAAAAUUGGGUAUCGGUUACCUCUUGCAGUAAUUCAACAAGCAACUAAUAAUUUCAGUGAAGAUUUGGUCAUUGGUGCUGGUGGUUUUGGGAAGGUUUACAAGGGAGUUUUAAAAGGUGAAACGAAGGUAGCUGUGAAAAGGGGAUCAUGCCAAUCACAACAAGGUCUUGCUGAGUUUCGGACUGAAAUUGAGAUGCUAUCGCAGUUUCGUCAUCGCCAUUUAGUAUCAUUGAUUGGGUACUGUAAUGAAGAAAAUGAGAGGAUCAUUAUUUACGAGUACAUGGAAAAAGGGAGUCUGAAGAACCAUAUGUUCGGAUCAGAUGUAUAUGCACCAUGCUUAAGUUGGAGGCAGAGGCUUGAGAUUUGCAUCGGAGCAGCCAGAGGAUUACAUUAUCUUCACACGGGCUCUGCCAAGGCAAUUAUUCACCGUGAUGUCAAAUCGGCAAAUAUCCUGCUAGAUGAUAAUUUCAUGGCCAAAGUUGCUGAUUUUGGUCUUUCAAAAACUGGUCCAGAGAUUGACAAGACUCAUGUCAGUACAGCAGUGAAAGGAAGCUUUGGCUAUCUUGAUCCAGAAUACUUAAUAAUGCAGCAGCUGACAGAAAAAUCAGAUAUUUACUCUUUUGGGGUGGUCAUGUUUGAAGUCCUUUGUGGGAGGCCAGUAAUUGAUCCAUCACUCCCACGAGAAAAGGUGAAUCUAGUGGAAUGGAUAAUGAAAUGUAAGGAAAGAAGCACAAUAGAGGAAAUUGUAGAUCCUCGCCUUGCAGUUGCAGGUCAGAUAAAGUCAGAGUCACUCCAGAUAUUUGUAGAGAUUGCCAAAAAGUGCUUGGUAGAACAUGGCAUCAAUCGGCCUAACAUGGGAGAUGUGUUGUGGCACUUGGAGUAUGCUCUGCGACUAGAAGGUGUUGAUGAGAGAUUCAACCAUGUUGGUGAUGUGUCCUCCCAAAUGUAUCGCUCAGAAACUGGAUUAUCUUCCAUGGAAUACAGUAUGGGAAGCGUAGGUAACCUAUCUGGUGUUUCAUUCAGCAAGGUGUUUGCCCAAAUGGUGGCGGAAGAUAUGCUGUAG